GAGAUAAGACAAACAGCAAGGAUAGUUGGUAUGUUGAGAAAAUUGUGAUUGAGAGGUUCAAGGACAAGGACCGGAGUGUAUUUCCCAUACAUCGGUGGGUUCCAGCAGGCUUUUCCAUCAAACUCCAGGAAUAUGACUCAUUACUACCACAACAAGACCCUGCGAUUGAACAACGAAAGCAAGAACUGGCAACAAAACAAACUGAAUAUCAGUUUAAAGUGAAAUUGGAAGGAGGACUUGCACAGAUAAAACAGUUGCCAGUGAAUGAACUUUUUACAAAGGACUUUGAGUGGGGUAUGAAAAUGGAUAU